GUACCUGUCAUGGCUAACGAAGUUCGCAUUUCAAAGUUAAUUUGCACUGUUUUGUAUUUGGUUCAUGUGAACGGAUAUGUAUUUUACGGAUUUGGAAAUGGUUAUAGAUAUCUUACCAAACAGUUGUCUAACGCAGGGCUCUUUGAUGCUUCGGCACUAAGCUCUGUAGAAGCGAAAUGGAUUGAACAACCUUUAGAUCACUUUGACGAAAAUGAAACACGUACAUGGAAAAUGAGGUACUUCGAAAAUUUGGAAUUUUGGCAACCAAAUGGAACUAUUUAUUUGUUCAUUGGUGGUGAGGGCGAAGCCAGCCCUGUAUGGUUGACUAUGGGAAUUCUUUAUGAACUGGCUAAUGAAACAAACGGAGCUAUAUUUGGUUCUGAACACAGAUACUACGGGAAAAGUAUGCCGCUGAAUAAUUUAGUCACAGACAACUUGAAAUUCUUGAGUUCUAGGCAAGCUCUUGCUGAUUUAGAAACGCUCUUAAAAUACGUUAGGUCAUUGCCUAAAUUUGAGAAGUCUACGGAUUCUAAAGUAGUGUUGAUUGGAGGUUCGUACCCGGGCAACUUGGCGGCUUGGAUGAAACUUUUGUAUCCAAAUCUCAUCGAUGCGGCCAUAGCAAGCAGCGCUCCUGUACUGGCGAAGAAAGACUUCUUUGAAUAUCUUGAAACAGUUGCAGACGACUAUGAACAACAUGGAACACCCGAAUGUUAUGAUAAUAUUGCAAGAAUAUUCCAAAGAUAUGAGAAACUUUUCAGCAGCGCUGAGGGAAUUAAGCUGCUCAAAGAAGAGGAAAAGAUUUGUGAAGACAACGAUAUGACGAAAUUAGAAAACAAACAGUUAUUUUUUAUGGAUAAAACGUCCCCUUUCAUGAUACGUGCUCAGUAUGGCAAUCCAGCUUAUAUACAAACGCAUUGUAAAAAGUUAGCAAAUAGUUCUCGAGUGGCAUCAUUGCAACAAUUCUUUGAUGAUGAACCAAGUUUCUGGCGAGAAGAGACUGAAUGUUUCGAUUAUGAUUUCUAUAAUAUGAUCGAUGAGGUGAAAGAAAUCGAUUGGGCUGUGUCUUGGAUAUAUCAAACAUGCACUGAAUUUGGAUAUUACCAGAGUACAAAUUCUGAUGCCCAUCCUUUUACACGUAAUAUUCCCGCGGAUUUGUACUAUAAAAUGUGUUUAGGAAUGUUUGGUCACGAGUUUAAUGAAGAGAGAAUUAAUGCAGGGGUUCUAAAUACUAACAAACUGUACAACGGACUCACACCUAACGUAACUCAUGUUGUUUUUGUGAACGGAGACAUGGAUCCUUGGCAUCGAUUAGGUGUGCUGGAAGACGUGUCUUAUGAAGCUCCGGCUAAAAUUAUUCCAGCCGCAUCACAUUGUAGAGAUUUAUUUUCUAACAGAAAAGGUGAUCCUGAAGAAUUAAAAGAAGCUAGAAAAUACAUUAAAUAUUUAAUUGAAAAGUGGACAGGUUUCGGGGAAUAUACAGUAGAUUAGAAGGUUUUCAUAAUUGUCUUCUUUAAUCGCGUUCUUAGGUUUUCGCGAUUGUUACAGAUAGGAAAUGAAACUUUUUCCGAAUUUAAAUCGCGUAUAUUUGUUUUUUCAAACAUACCAACGUUUCGGACCCUUUUGUAGGUCCCGUGGUCACGGUUGACAGUCAAUACGCGAUUUAAAUCCGGAAAAAUAGUUUCAUUUCCUGUCUUUUUUAGUUUAGUAAAUUGAUAUUUACAUUAACUCCUUGAAAUACUAAGUCUAAUUA